AUGCCCCAGUUCGAGGAGGUUCUGGAUGGAGUCCGGCUGGCUCUGACCUGGGCCUCUCCUGUUGACAUCGGGGCUCUGCUGAAAGGUUUGGUGGAGCAGCAGAUCAUCUCAGAGGGCUACCGCAAGAGCUUGAGUCUGCACCGACUCGCUGAAGCAUUUGCACCAGGAUCCGAGCUCAGGAGUUCUCGAGGGUCUACCGCGCACUGGAACCUCGAUCGAGGCCCGCUGAGCCAGUCUAGAGACCAGAACCAGACAAGAUCGGCAUCGCCAGUGGAUGAACAUUACACUACAGGGUCCUGGCCAAAACAUCAAAAAGUUAUUCAGGAAACAAAUCCACAUCUAAUUGAAGGAUUGAGAGGGGGGCCAGUGAUGGACGAACACUACCCCAAUCUAUUUUCUACACCCUCGGUACAUGACUGCCAGUGCAAUCUCAGAUUUGAUGAUGAAAUGGCAGAACUGCUGAGAAGUGCAGAAUUAAUGCAGAAGCAAGAGAGUGAUAGUGAAAGGAAAGAUGAGGGGAAUUUGGAGGAUGAGAAGGAGUGGUUAGAACAGGUAGAAGAGGCGGCCAGACGAAUAGCUGUUCCUUUGUGGCAACACUGGGACAGAGGACGGAGGAUGUUGAUGCCCCUGGUUCCUGAAAUGACUGCAGGCUGUAAAACAAGUGAAAAGACAGCGACAGACAGCGAGGCACAAUGCCCUGUUCUCACUAUGGAAGAGGAAGAAGAGCUUGCAUUUGCUUGCAGGACAAUAGAGUACACUUUUAACUUUAAGUGUACAGAAGGGCAGAUUACAGACCCAAACUUCACUUCGGAUACAAAAGCACUUUGUUUCUCAGGAUCAACAGGCUUGGAUACGGAUCAUUUUAAUACCGUUGAAGCGGGAAGAAUUGCCUCACCUGUUCAAGCCUGCGCAGCAACCGACACAAACAAUAACAUCACAGGUGUGCUGGAGGGCGAGCGGGACAUGGCUAAACGAAAGUCAGCACCUCCAUGA